AUGUGUUCGUUUCUUCGGAUACCCUUAACGUUAGGCAUCUGUGUUAUGGUCGUCUCCGGACACGUUCAUGGAUCUAGGAGAUCUCGGAUGGAUGAUGAUUUCGCACAGAAUGAAAUCGACAGUGGCAGAGCAGAUGAAACCUCCUGGUGGCCCUCGGCUGAGUUCGCAGUAUUACAAAAAGUAUAUGACGAUUGCAGUGCGCAACAACACAUAACUGCAUGUUUAAAGGGCAAGGCGCUUAAUGCUCUGACGAGAGCCGUGGAACAGGAAAGCGUUCAGCUUGCUGACGGCUUGACGUUGGUGAAACAGGCUGAUGCUCCGAGCGCUGUGGCGGAGCCUCGCUUCUUUCCUGGGAUGACCUCUGAAGAAAAACUCGAUACCAAGCUACGAGCAAAGUUUGAGCAACUCUUAAAUACUCACACUGUAUCUAUGGAUUUGAUGUCUGAAGGCAGAGGUAGAGGAAAAAAGGUCCUGCCCUACCUGUUGCUCGGUAUUUUCACAACCGUGAGCAUAGUAGGAGGUAUGGCUCUGAAGACCUUGGCUGCCAUCGCUGGCAAAGCACUAAUCGCCAGUAAGGUGGCAUUAACGAUCGCUGGUAUUAUCGCUCUAAAGAAACUCUUCAGUCACGAUGGAGCAACUGGAGAAACGACUUUCCAAGUUCACGCCGAUGGACAUCAUAGGCGAAAUCUUUAUGUGGUGAGGCCGGCACGCAUUAGCGAGAAUGAUCCUUACCGGUUCUACGCUGACAAGAUCCCAACGAAUCCCGAAGAGCAGUCAAAUUGA